AUGUUGGGGAACUGGUCCUUUGGCGAUUACUUCAAGAAGGAGGCUAUCCAGUGGUCUUGGGAGCUCCUGACAAAGGUCUAUGGACUGGACCCGAACCGACUCUACGUCACGUACUUCGAGGGUAAUCCUGACAUGAACCUCGAGCCGGAUCUCGAGGCUAAGCAACUGUGGCUCGACGUCGGCGUUCCCGAGGACCAUAUUCUACCUGGCGACAUGAAAGACAACUUCUGGGAGAUGGGCGACCAAGGGCCAUGCGGCCCUUGCAGCGAGGUUCACUACGACAAGGUCGGUGGGCGGAACGCUGCGCACCUUGUUAACCAAGAUGACCCUCUCGUGGUAGAAGUGUGGAACAAUGUUUUCAUGCAGUUCGACCGCCAGAAGGAUAAGUCACUUAUGCCCCUACCAGCGAAGCACAUUGAUACCGGCAUGGGUUUCGAGCGCCUAGUAUCUGCUCUCCAGAACAAGACUUCCAACUACGCCACGGAUAUCUUCACCCCGCUUUUCGCCAGGAUACAGGAGGUCACUGGCGCUCGGUCAUACACGGACAAGUACGGGAAAGACGACGUUGACGGCAUCGAUACUGCCUACCGUGUCGCCGCCGACCAUAUCCGCCUUCUUUCGUUCGCCAUCGCCGACGGUGCUGCACCCAACAAUAUCGGACGCGGCUACGUUGUUAGACGUGUUCUCCGGAGAGGUGUACGGUACGCGCGGAAGUAUUUUCAGGCCGAGAUCGGCUCGUUUUUUUCGAGCAUUCUGCCGGCGCUAGUCGAUCAGAUGGGCGAGCAGUUCCCCGAGCUUAAGAAGAAGCAGGAGGACAUCAAGGAGAUUCUGGACGAGGAAGAGGUGGCCUUUGCGGUCACGUUGGAUCGUGGCGAGAAGCAGUUCGAGAAAUAUGCCGCCUUAGCGGUGAAGUCCGGGGAAAAUAAGCUCUCGGGCGCGGAUGUGUGGCGUCUCUACGACACUUUUGGGUUCCCCGAGGAUCUCACAAAGCUGAUGGCUGAGGAGCGUGGGCUCACCAUCGAUGAAGCCGAAGUCGAAGUUGCUCGGGAAAAGGCGAGGGAAGCGAGCAAAGCCGUGAAGGAGGCCGUCCAAACCUUCCCCAAGCUGAACGUGCACCAAAUUGCCGAGCUGGAGAACACCGUCAAUCUUCCCCGGCCAGAUUCCGAGGCCAAGUACAAGAAGGGUGACAUCAAAGGCAAGGUACAGCUUGUCUUCACCGGCUCCGAGUUCCGCAAAACCAGCAAAGAGCUCCCGCCUAAAACUCCCCUCGGCUUGUUGCUCGAUAAGACAAACUUCUACGCCGAGUCCGGCGGCCAGGUUGCGGAUACCGGCAGGAUUCUUAUCGACGGCGUCGCCGAAUUCAAGGUGCUCGACGUGCAAGAGUUCGGCGGUUACAUCGUGCACAACGGCUACCUCGAGUACGGCGAGCUCACUGCCGGUGACGAGGUGAUCUGUGAGUAUGACGAGCUGCGGCGCCAGCCUAUUCGGAACAACCACACCGGAACACACGUUCUUAACCACGCGCUGCGGGAGGUGCUUGGCGAGGAGGUCAACCAAAAGGGAUCGCUGGUAGACCAGGACAAACUGCGGUUUGACUUUAGCCACAAGAGCCAGGUCAGUUUGGAAGAGAUCAAGAAAAUCGAGGCUAUGUCAAAUGAGGACAUUCAGAGGGAUUUCAAAACCUACGCCAAGGAUGUUGACCUGAGCCUGGCGCGCGAAAUUGAGGGUGUCCGCGCUGUCUUCGGCGAGACAUACCCUGACCCGGUGCGCGUUGUAUCGGUCGGCGUCGACGUUGAUGAGCUGCUCAAGAACCCAAAGAACCCCGAGUGGCGCAAGGUCAGCGUUGAGUUCUGCGGCGGCACCCACGUCGACUCGACGGGUGCCAUCAAGGAUCUCAUCAUCGUUGAAGAGAGCGGUAUCGCCAAGGGCAUCCGACGAAUCGUCGCCUACACAGGUGACGGCGCCCACCAGGCGCAGCGCGACGCGAAGACUUUUAGCGAGAAGCUUGAACACAUCCAGGCGCUCGAGUUCGGCCCGCAAAAGGCGGCCGAUAUCAAGGCGGCGGCCGUCGAGCUUGACGCGCUUACCAUCUCGGCGCUAACCAAGGAGGAUCUGCGGCAGCGGUUCGCCAAGAUCCAGAAAGAGGUCGUCGACGAGCAGAAGAAGCGCCAGAAGGCCGAGAGCAAGACGGCGCUCGACACGGUCCAGGACCACUUCAAGAAGGAGGAGAACAAGGAGGCCAAGUUCUUCGUUGGUCACCUCCCCAUCUCGGCUAACUCCAAGGCCCUCGCCGAUGUCCAGACGUACUACAAGUCCAAGGACAAGGACCAAAGACCGUCUAUGUGUUUGCCGGCAGCAAAGAUGAUGCGGUCAUGCCAUGGUGUCUAUGGUUGGCACAGGUGUCACGGCCGAGCAGUGGACUGCCGCCGUCACGGAGGUCAUUGGCGGCAAGACGGGCGGCAAGGAGCCCAGCCGGCAGGGCGCCGGUGCCGAGCCGGCCAAGCUUGA